CCCGCGGGGUCCCCGGGCUCCGUCUGGGACUUUCGCGCCACCCCUGGGGACCGACGCAGCGUCGAGGUCUGAGCAGCCCCUCGGCCACCAUGUCUGCAGCCUGGAUCCCGGUUCUCUGCCUCGGUGUCUGUCUGCUGCUGCUGCUGGAGCCCGCGGGCAGCGAGGGAGCCGUUCCUAUUGCUAUCACGUGCUCUACCAGAGGCUUGGACAUCAGGAAAGAGAAAGUAGAUGUCCUCUGCCCAGGGGGCUGCCCUCUUGAGGAAUUCUCCGUGUUUGGGAACAUAGUGUAUGCUUCUGUGUCAAGUAUCUGUGGGGCUGCUGUGCACAGGGGCGUAAUCAGCAACUCGGGGGGACCUGUGCGAGUCUAUAGCCUACCAGGUCGAGAAAACUAUUCCUCAGUAGAUGCCAAUGGCAUCCAGUCUCAAACGCUUUCUAGAUGGUCUGCUUCUUUCACAGUGACUAAAGGCAAAAGUGGUACCCAGGAAGCCACAGGACUAGCGGUGUCCACAGCACGUCCACCAACAGGUAAACGACUAAAGAAGACACCUGAGAAGAAAACUGGCAAUAAAGACUGUAAAGCAGACAUCGCAUUUCUGAUUGAUGGAAGUUUUAAUAUUGGGCAGCGCCGAUUUAAUUUACAGAAGAAUUUUGUUGGAAAAGUGGCUCUAAUGUUGGGAAUUGGAACAGAAGGACCACACGUGGGCCUUGUUCAAGCCAGCGAACAUCCCAAAAUAGAAUUUUAUUUGAAAAACUUUACAUCAGCCAAAGAUGUCUUGUUUGCCAUAAAGGAAGUAGGUUUCAGAGGGGGUAAUUCCAAUACAGGAAAAGCUUUGAAGCAUACUGCUCAGAAAUUCUUCACAUCAGAUGCUGGAGUGAGAAAGGGGAUCCCCAAGGUGGUGGUGGUAUUCAUUGAUGGCUGGCCUUCUGAUGACAUCGAGGAAGCAGGCAUUGUGGCCAGAGAGUUUGGUGUCAAUGUAUUUAUAGUUUCUGUGGCCAAACCUAUCCCUGAAGAACUGGGAAUGGUUCAGGAUGUUGCAUUUGUUGAUAAGGCUGUCUGUCGGAGUAAUGGCUUCUUCUCUUACCACAUGCCCAACUGGUUUGGCACCACAAAAUAUGUAAAGCCUCUGGUACAGAAGCUCUGCUCUCAUGAGCAAAUGAUGUGCAGCAAGACCUGUUAUAACUCAGUGAACAUUGCCUUUCUGAUUGAUGGCUCCAGCAGUGUUGGUGAUAGUAAUUUCCGCCUCAUGCUUGAAUUUGUUUCCAACAUAGCCAAGACUUUUGAAAUCUCAGACAUUGGCGCCAAGAUAGCUGCUGUUCAGUUUACUUACGAUCAGCGCACAGAAUUCAGUUUCACCGACUACAACACCAAAGAGAACGUCCUAGCUGUUAUCAGAAACAUCCGCUAUAUGAGUGGUGGAACAGCUACUGGUGAUGCCAUUUCCUUUACUGUUAGAAAUGUGUUUGGCCCCGUGAGGGAGAGCCCCAACAAGAACUUCCUAGUCAUUGUCACAGAUGGGCAGUCCUAUGAUGACGUCCGAGGCCCUGCUGCUGCUGCACAUGAUGCAGGUAUCACCAUCUUCUCUGUUGGUGUGGCGUGGGCACCUCUGGAUGACCUAAAAGAUAUGGCUUCCAAACCGAAGGAGUCACAUGCUUUCUUCACAAGAGAAUUCACAGGAUUAGAACCAAUUGUUUCCGAUGUCAUUAGAGGCAUCUGUAGAGAUUUCUUAGAAUCCCAGCAAUAAUGGUGACAUUUUGACAACUGAAUGAAGUAUAAGGAGAUCUAAUGUGUAAACUGUAUUCUCAUAAUACUGAAAUAGCAUACUAGGAUCAGAUACAAAACUAUUAAAUAUAUCAACAGCUGUUUUAAGCAAAUAAGCCUUUCUUUAAAGCUACUACAUUCUGGUUACAGUAUACUUUAAUUGUUCAAAACACUCAGCUGAGGCUUCAUAAUCAUGGCCCUUAGAAACUCAGGAAAGAGGAGAUACCUUGGAUUAAAAUGAGUUCUAACAUGCCUAUUAAAUGUAUAGAUAUGCAAAUUCCACAGCUCAAUAAAAUAAUCUGAUACUUAGAUCAAAAGCAACAUCUCUAAUCAUUCUGUACUGACUAUACAAUAAAAAGAGAAGCUAAAUGGAAAACAGCUCUAUUAACAUAGUUCAAUAUAUUUUGGCUGAAGUGGAUGUUUUUUUAAAACCCCAUCAACAAUAGCUAUUACUUCACAUACUAAAAAGUAUAGGUGAUAUUGGAUCAUGUAUCAAGCUUAUUUUGUAGUGUAUUUUCAUAACUUAUGACUAAAAGUAUGACACUGAACAAGAUAACAGGAUUGCCUGGUAUUUUUCUAUUUAUAUCCUUAAUUUUAUAUGUGUAUAGAUAUAUCUGGCUUAUACUCUAAAAUCAGUCAAGUACUGAAAAAAUGUUAAGCUGGCAAAGUUUUUACUUCUUAUACUAUAAACAUUUAGUUUUAAAGAAAAAGGCAUUUCAAAUAACUGCAGGAAAAAAUAUUGUAGUUUGAAUAUUUAAACAAUAAAAUGGCUAGUGACUUACUGUAAA